CUCUCUUUUCUCCUGCCCCUUCACCCUGAUUUCUGACUCCUUGUAACUUUGCUGCAUUGCGCCCUCUCCCUCUUCAACUUUUCUUCCGAAUUCAACCUUCUAUUCACCCCCAUUAAUUCAGAAGACAAAAAUACACCUCAAUUCUGAGCCCUGAAUUCAAUUUUUCUUCUUUUUCUUCUUCGCCUUUCCUUCCCUGCGCCAUUUACAUUUCCCUUCCCCUGUAGAUUCAUAUUAAAAGACCGACUUUUUUCUUUUUUUCCUAUUACAACGAUACCAAAAGCGCCAGCCCCCGACCAUGGAGAACCCGACAGGCACAGCCGUGUUUGUCAUGCCCGAUUCAUACUUUGAAGCCGACAUUGUGCGGCUAACGCGCCUAGUAGCCAACAUGUUCUCUCGCGUGGUGAAGCACAAUGACCGACUAAUGGCUGUGACGCAAACACCGACCCGGUUUCACUCCCGCGCGCCGCCCAAAAUCAACAUUGACGAUUAUCUUCAGCGAAUAUCUAAAUACGCGAUGCUCGAGCCAGCCUGUCUUCUCCUUAUACUUAUAUACGUUGACCGGAUCUGCGAGCGCAAUCCAACAUUCACGAUAUCAUCUCUCACCGUACAUCGGUUUAUCAUAACAGCGGCGACAGUUGCUUGUAAGUCAUUGUGUGAUGCGUAUUGUACUAAUUCGCAUUAUGCCAAGGUUGGUGGUGUGUCUAUGCAUGAGUUGAAUUCUUUGGAGGUCGAACUGUUGCAUAUGACUGGGUGGCAUUUGGUCGCUACGCAGGAGCAGCUGUUGCAGUAUUAUUUUAAUCUCGUC